AUGUUAACAAUUUCCUAUUUCUUUACACUUUUAAGACCAAACAAUUCACCUACAAUAAAUCAUUACGAUGUUAGACAAAAUGACAAACUUUUAUACGAUGAAUUUGGUUGUAAACGAUUGCACCCUUAUCCAACAGAAGAUGAGAAAAGACAUAUAGCAGGCCAAACAAAUUUAACAUUAUUGCAAGUAAAUAAUUGGUUUAUCAAUGCAAGACGACGUAUUCUACAACCAAUGCUAGAUUCUUCGAAUUUUGUACCACAUGGAAAUAAUUGUAAUAAUGUAGAUGGAUCAUCAGAUAGACUGUCCAAUUCCAUGGGUUGUAAUGAAUCACAUGUUAUUAGUAAGAAGAAAAAAGCUGCAACAAGCAGACCUUCAAACAAUCGAUUUUGGCCAGCCAGUUUGGUUGCUGCAGCCGCCAUACAUCCUGCAGCAGCUGGUUUAGUGUCUUCUGGAAGUAGUAAUUUUACUGCUGCAGUCAAUUCGGGCAUUAAUAUUACAAAUAGUAGUCACAGCGUCAAUGCAAACCCAAAUACAACACGAACUGACUGUCGGAUAUCAGAUGGAAGACCUAAUUCUUUAGAAGAAGUAAUCAGUGACACGUCAAUAAGUUCAACACCGAAGCAACAAGCCGAAUGUGCUUACACUCCACAAACAUAUGACUCAUCAUCUGUCACACUACCUCAAAGUCCUGGACAUAAUCAAAAUUUUGAUUGCAAGCUUUCAUCUGAUUUGUGGAAUCUAGAUACACGAAUGGAUCUACUAAAUUCACAGAAGUUUUAUUUCAAUCUUCAAUCUGGUGUAUCUUCGACAAAAGUUCGGUCAAAUAUAAAUGACAAUACUAGGGAAAUGUGCAACAAUAAAGUCCUUCAAAAUGGAACUAAUUCGUCGAGUUUAUCAAAUCAUAACCCUUCAUUUCCAUCAAACCCAAGUCAUUGUUUGAAUCCAUUCAGUUCCACCCCUACAGUGAGCACAGAUUUAACACAAAUAAUACCAGGAAAAUAUGAUUCAGUACAUGAAAAUUUAUCGAUAAAACAAUCAGAAGAAACAAUUAUUAAACGUUUAACUCCAUUAUUAAUGUCAUCAAUAUCAUCGUCGUCAUCAUCAUCAACAUGUUCUACCUCAAAAGAUAUUGAUCAAUGUGUAGAUGGUGUUCAACAAAAGCAAAAUAAUAAUAACAGAAAUGGGAUAAUAGAUAAGAAUUAUGUCAUUAAUAAAUCAAUCAAUAAUAAAACAUCAGUAGAUAAUCAUUUAUUCAGAAAUGAAAUAAAUCAUAAUAAUAAUGAUUUAAUUAAUGUAAAAUCUGAACGUAAUUUCCACGAAUUUAAUCCUGUUCUACAAAAUUUACCAAUAGAAUCUAAUAAUGGUAAAAUGAAUUUAUUAGCCAAUAGAUUAUUAGAGUCUGAUUUGAUCAACAGUAAUAAUAAUAAUAAUAGUACUAGUAGUAGUAAUGGUAAUAAUGAUAAUACUAACAAUACUGUGAAUAAUGAUAGAGAUCAUUUAAACACAUUAAAUAAUAAUGAUUCUUAUGGAAUACAAUCACAAAAUGAUGCAACAGUUCCUAUGAUGAUGAUGAAUUCAUCAUCAACUUAUCCGCCGAAUUAUUCAUCAAUGCUAUUAUCACAUGCACAAAAUUAUUCGAAUUAUUUAUCUAAUAAUAUAAGCAAUUCAAAUAAUUUAUUAUCAUUUGAUGUACAUCCGAACAAUCUGAGGUAUAGUCAUACUAACAAAGAUAAUAACAAUAAUAAUGAUAGUAAUAAUAAUAGUUUGAAUCAGUUAAAUUAUACAUCUCAUUCAUAUCCUAAUAUUAUUACCAAUCCAACUGGAAGAUCAAAUUGCGGAUUUAAUCGUUCAAUGGAUUUUUCUACAUCAGAUGUUAAUGAUACUCCUGUUACAUCAUUUUCAACGAUUCCAUUACAUCAUCAACAACAACAUGAUAGUUUAUCGCCAUCUAUACAACAGAAAACAGAAUUACCAUGUUACCUAACUGAUCAAUGGUCAAAUAUUACCCCUAUAUCAACUAAUCAAUUUACACAUAAUUUAAAUACUAUAAAUCAGUAUACUACAUUUCCUUCAAGUUGGACAAAUAAAUUAAAAAACUUUAAUUCUUCUAUAUUACAAAUAGAUAAUGGAAAUAUUGAUUCAUUGUCUGGUUCAUCAGAUGAAGAUAUUCAACAUCAUCGACAUUCUCAUCGGCAUUUGGCAUCAGAAAAUGAACAGUUUAUGCAUUGUUUACGAGGUUCUGCUUUAUUAAAUCGUAAUGAUGAAACAAAUACUGAUCAGUCAUCAAUUUUACAUAGUGCUAAUCAUCAAUUAAUUUAUAAUCUUCCCAAUGAUAUGAACAAUCUUAAUUAUACACCUACAGAGUUAGGCAUACAAGAGUCAUUGAAUUCUAAAUCAAUUUAUCCAGUCCAAUAUGAUCAACAUCAUCAGCAUCAUCAUCACCAUUCACAAUAUGAAACUACAAUCCCAACUGGUAAUAUCGGUGAUAAAUGCACAGAAAAUGAUGAUGACGGUUGUGAUAAUAAUAAUAAUAGUAACGACAACAAUAAAAACAGUUUAUCAUUUUUUAAAUCACCAUCAACAGGUUCAUUGACGAAAUCUACUUCUAUAUUUCAAUAUCAUAAUUCAUAAACAGUCAUUUACUCUUCAUGUUUUACUCCUCAAGUUUUUAUUUUAUUUUCUCUUUCUUUACUUCCCUUCCCUCUUCGUGUUUGUACAUAAGUAAAAAUUUGAUAUUUCAUGAGGCAGAAAUCAUUAAAUAUAUAUACAUAAAUAUGAACAAAUAUGUAACUUUUAUUAAGAAUGAUAAUCCAUUGAAUAAAAACAGUUACUAUGACCACUACUUACCGCUCUUUUUCUUUCAAAUGAAAACGUCUCUUUCAUUAUUCUUAUUCUUUUAUUGUGUUUUAUAAACAAAUCAAAUGGUUCUUUUGAAAAAGAAACAAAACAAAACAAACCUAAACACUAAUUGAUUGUUGAUAGACAAAUAUGUUUGGUUCCAGUUAGAUUGUAUGAUCAUUAGUAUAAAUUACAGAGUAUAAACAUAAAUUGAAAUGAUUUGAUAACUGCCAUAAAUUAUGUAAAAUCUUUUUUUACGAUAAUAUCAUUAUUAUGUAAUGUGUUUCCAUAAAUAUAUUUUUCUUUGGUGUAUUCGAUAACAACUGACUAUAGAAACAGUAAAAUGUAAUGAUAUGAAACAAUUUAAUGAGGAAUUAUGUCACAAAAGAACAAUGAAACAUUCAGUGACAUAUUGUAUAAUACACAAUAAUGAUUAUAAUUGAAUUGAAUGAUACAUAUGGAAAAUAAGAAUGAAGUUUCAUUAUUUGUUUGUUUGGUUUAAGGAUUUUUGUUUGAGAACGUUUUUAGUUUUUAUCUGUCUAUUUGUUUUUUUGUUUGUUUGUUUGUUUGUCUUAUUUUUUUCUUCCUAUCACAACUAACUUACUUCAAACGGAGAACAGGGUACUUACUAUUAAUAUUAGUAACCAUCAAAGUUGUUGUCAUUAUUAUUAUUAUUAAUAUGAAUAUUGAUAAAGUUGGAAAAAAUAGAGAACAGAAUGGCUAGUGAAUUUUAUUAUUAUUAUUAUUAAUACUAUUAUUAAUUCGUUAUUUUCAUUAUUAUCAGUUUGAAAUAAAU